CUGGAAAAAAGUGUCCGCCGACUGCGGGAGAAGUUCUACGGGAAGGUGACCAUCAAAGAUGCGGUGAUCCUGAUGCGGAGGUUCAGUAACAAUCACGAUAUGGCCUGCAAGCGCAUCAUUCUUUGCAAGGAUCAGAUGGAAGAUACAGAUCCGGAAGAAGAGGAAGACCUGGCAGAUGAUCCGGUGGCUUUGAAAGUGAUAGACAAACUGAAGAAAGAAGAGGAGCAGAAGAAACAGAAACCAAAGAACGACCCUAGAAAUGAAGACAAAAUCCAGGAGGUCGCUCAGCAGCUGAAAAGGCUGCCUCUGACGGAGAAGAACUUGCGCAUGUUCAACAACGCCCAAAACAACCUCAUCCCUCCAUCAGACUGCCAGUUUUCUUGCCGGCCCUGCGAUAGUAUGUGGUGGCGUCGCGUCCCAAAGCGGAAACAGGUUUCCCGUUGCCAUCGGUGUGGGACCCGCUAUGACCCAGUGCCAGCCGACAAGAUGUGGGGCACCGCCGAGUUCCACUGCCCUAACUGCGGACACACCUUCAAGGGCCUAGCUCAGAUGGGGACCCCGUCUCCCUGUUACAUUUGCCGUUCCCCCGUCUACCCGAGCCACAUCAUCUCACCUCGCAAGGUCCCGGGACCGCGGACCAGGCAACCCCAUUCUUGCUUCGCAGAGGAUUGUUAUAACCGCAGAGAGCCCCACGUUCCAGGCACCCACUGCGUGCACCCUCGAAGCCGGUCGAGGAGGGGCUUGCCCAAAGUCAUCCACCCCUGCCAAGAGCACGCCAGCACGGGCUCCACCGUGGCCACCUGCUUGAGCCAGGGCAGCCUGGCCCAAUUCGACAUCGACAAGCUCAUUUUGGAAGACCUGCAGGAGGAGGACGAAGAGGACGACGGGGGCAGCAGCAAUUAACCCCUACGCGUGAUGGAGGGGCAUACCAGAUUACAUCCCGGUGCCAGCAGCGGGGGCAAGAGGGAGUCUGCCUGCCGUUUGCCAAGCCACGGUUGUAGUACUGUGCACGGAUCCUCCUCCAUUGUCUCUUUUUCUGCGGACCAUUCCUGGGCCAACGACUGGCUUUGCACUAUGCCCUUUUCUCCCGCUCUGGCCCGAUUUUGCUUUUGUUGUCUCGCGUUGGUCUCUGCUCUGGGGAGGGCCUCUCCCAGCCUCAUUCUCCAAGUGUCGUAGUCUCUUCUAAGAAGAUGGGAAGUGUAGUUUCCCAGGGAUCUCCCAGAGAAUUCCUGGGAAUGUGGGGGGCGGAGCCCGGGGAAGGCGGGAUUUAGAGAGGAGAAGAGGACUUCAGGGGGAACAAUGCCAUAGAGUCCACCUUCCAAAGAAGCUGUUAUCUCCAGGGGAACUAAUCUCUUAGAGGGAGCCCUGCCUGUGACCAGUGUCCAUUCUCAGAGCUCACAGUCCCGAUUUUGAGAGCCCACCUCCCUGACUCCUGACCAGCUGUAUGCGAAUCUUUCCAAAGAACCCCGCGCUUAGCGUCUGUUCCUUCCCAGUGCUGCUCUUUGGAAGCUGUAUCGGCGCCUACCUUACGGGUGAAAACUGUGCCUUACUUUGGCGAAGGUCUGUCUUGUGUUAGAACCUGGCCUCCAGGCUGAAAGCGUCUCAGUUCCGCAUGAUUGUUUUCCUGUAACUCGUUUGUGGUCAUGUGUUUUCUAUCAAUUGUGAAUGUAUUAGGUAAGCUACCGACCUUACUGUUUCCCCCGGGGUGUGUUCGAUGACAAUUAAAAAUUACUCUUUUUU